AUAACACAAUUUGUCAUUGUCUCGUACCCUCCACCACUCCUUUCAACUCUCUCUACAAAAUCACACUAUCGCCAACCCUUUGCGUUUGCAUCCUCUCUUUUCCUCAUCUUUUAUCCGCCAUGGAUUCCCUCACUUGUUCCGCCUCCGACCUCAUCCCCCUCCUCUCCUCAUCCUCCUACUCCAAUGCGACCGCCCUCUACGCCUUCCUCUGCGGCCGCUUCUCCACCAUCUCAAACCAACUCUCCGACGCCACUCACGCCAUCGACAACACGUACCUCCUCUUCUCCGCCUAUCUCCUCUUCGCCAUGCAACUCGGCUUCGCCAUGCUUUGCGCGGGCUCAGUCCGUGCUAAGAACACCAUGAACAUAAUGUUGACCAACGUACUCGACGCCGCAGCCGGUGCCGUAUUACCUCUUCGGUUUCACUUUGGCCUUCUGUGCACCAUCCAAUGGUUUCAUCGGACAUCACUUCUUUGGUCUUAAAGCUUUCCCUUCACCUGCAGUGGAUUAUAGUUUUUUCCUUUAUCAAUGGGCUUUCGCUAUAGCUGCUGCUGGGAUUACUAGUGGGUCCAUAGCCGAAAGAACCCAAUUCGUGGCCUACCUUAUUUACUCUUCCUUUUUAACCGGCUUUGU